ACGUUAAAAGAAAAAGUUAGAAGUACAGUCCCCAUUUCACACACAGAGAGGAUCCAAAGAAAGUGCCCAAGAAACCAAAAUUCAUACACACAUACAUACGGCGGUGAGAAUAUUCCAACAACGACACUAAACACUUUAUAAUCAUGAUUAAUUAGCAUCACAAUCACUAAUCUCAUUCAUAAUCCACAACAACGACUAUAAAUAUACCUAUAGAGCUUCAACUAUUAGGUUUUAGUUUCAUCAUCAUCAUCAAUGAAUAACGAAAAGCUUUCUUCAUCUUCUUCCUUUACGUUAACAAAAGGUAUCAAUGGUCUUGAUAAGGUUCUUCUUCGUGAAUCUCGUGGUGCUUCCGCUGAGAUUUAUCUGUACGGUGGACAUGUGACUUCGUGGAAGAAUGAUCAUGCUGAGGAAUUGCUUUUUCUCAGUAGUAAGGCUAUCUUCAAGCCUCCUAAGGCUAUUCGUGGAGGGAUUCCAAUCUGCUUUCCACAAUUUGCAAACCAUGGAAACUUGGAAUCACAUGGAUUUGCUAGAAAUCGGGUUUGGGCCAUUGAAGAUGACCCUCCUCCUUUUCCAACAAAUAAUUUGAGCAAAGCCUUUGUUGAUUUGAUUCUUAAACCCUCUGAAGAAGACAUGAAGAUCUGGAAUCACAGUUUUGAGUACCGUCUGAGGGUAGCUUUGGGACCCGGAGGAGAUUUGAUGUUGACGUCUCGGAUUCGGAACACAAACAGUGAUGGGAAGCCAUUUUCGUUUACAUUUGCUUAUCAUACUUAUUUGUCGGUUUCAGACAUAAGUGAAGUUCGGGUCGAGGGACUAGAGACCCUGGAUUAUCUUGACAACUUGCAGAACAAGGAGCGCUUUACUGAACAGGGAGAUGCUUUAACUUUUGAAUCAGAAGUUGAUAAGAUAUAUCUUAGUACUCCUACAAAGAUUGCAAUCAUUGAUCAUGAAAAAAAGAGGACAUUUGUUUUGCGGAAAGAUGGCCUUCCUGAUGCUGUGGUGUGGAAUCCUUGGGAUAAGAAAGCAAAGGCUAUGGCUGAUUUCGGGGAUGAUGAGUAUAAGCAUAUGCUUUGUGUAGAGGCUGCUAAUAUUGAAAAGGCUAUCACUUUGAAACCUGGAGAAGAAUGGAAAGGAAGACUAGAGCUUUCAGCUGUUCCAUCUAGUUACUGUAGUGGGCAGCUUGAUCCCCAGAGAGUUCUUCAGGGCAGCUGAAAGAUCAUUGCUGUGUUCUGUGUCCUGUACAGGUAGCUUGUUGCAAAGUUAAUGGAUGAAGGAAAGUUUCUCAGUAAUUUUGCCCCUGCAUGUUCCAUCUGUGUUGGAAAGAUGAAUUCAUGUUGGUUAGGAUUUUAUCGAUCUUUUGUUUUUUUUCCUCCCUAUAAUGGAUGGCUAAUGUGGUCAUAACAAACUGAACAAAACAUAUAGUCAGAAGAGUCCGCAUUUGUUGCCAUGGAAAAACAAAAUACUGCCUACAAUUUGACAGAUUUUCACGUUGAGUUGAAUGGCCCAGACUCAGGGAUUCCUUUUGAAUCAUUUACUUAGUAUUUUGGAUUCUUAAAUCCCUAUAAUUUGUUCAUUAUUAAAUGUUAUUGGGUAAUUACUUCAUCCUUGGAGAAUACUUUAUGAUUAUAAUUCAAAGGAAUGCAUGACAGAAUCAACGACAAGUUAUGUCAAAUAUUUAUGGGUUAUUUUGUUAUUACUAUA